AUGACGGCCUCCGAGCAGCUCUUCGUCACUCUCCUCAGGAGCCAGACCGUCCAGGACAGACUCUUCGUCCAUCUCUCCAACGCAGAUAUCGGCGCCGUGCGCGCAGCCUCGUCUGCUUGCUGCAACCUCGUCACAAAGACCCUCUUCACCCGCAUCCACGUCACUUUUACCGCCGCCACUUUUACCAAGCCUAGCCGCGUCGCCGCCCUGGGCCGCAUCGGCCAUCAUGUCGAGCAUCUGACCUUUCACGUCCCGCACUCGCACGCCACCUUCCUGCCUCCCCUGAUCCAUCCCCUGACGGGCCAGGAGAUUUGCUUCCUCUACUCGCCGCACACGAGCAUGAGCUCCGUCAUGACUAGGCCAAAGUACGCCAACACGGAGCUCGGCGAGAUCCUGACGCAGCAGUAUCCGCCCUUGUUCCAUGCGGCUACAAACGUCCCCAGCUUCAUCCACGCUCUCCAGAUGGUGCCCAACAUGAGGCAUCUGACCAUUUACUGUCCGGGCCAGGAUCCCGCAGAGAGGUACAGGCGCAGCGUCGUCGACUAUGCCCUCAUCAGCAUGCGCAUCGCCGUCGAGCGCGCCCCAUUGACAAAGCUGAACAAGCUGUCGCUCUCCUUCCUUCAUCCUGCAGCUUUCACCUAUUUGCGCCACGCUCAGGGUUUCGGCUGCGUGCCCUCGGCUGCGCGCAGGUGGAGGCAGAUCAAGAAGCUGCAAAUUUCCGUCGAGGCCUGGGAUUUUUACGGCCCGUCGCCCGGCCUCGACCUCCUCAAGACCAUGGACGAUUACAUCCGCUACUUUGCGCCCACCCUGGAAAAGUUUACCUUUGCUUGGGUCGGUUCCAAGGGGCCUUGCCCUGUUGCCCUUUCCGCCGAUCCUCUCUUUGCUCCUCCACGCUCCUCCAAAAAGCUCUUUCAUGAGGUCACGUCUCCCAUGUCUCCUCUGCCGACCCGGCCGUCCCGCUCGCCCAUUCACUUCCCCGUGCUGCGUUAUCUUGAGAUCCGCAAGGCCACCAUGAACGCGCCACAGCUAAGUGCCUUGAUCAACUCGCACAGAGAGACGGUCAAGGAAUUCGACUUCAGGAAUGUCGUCCUCAUCAACCGUGGCAGUUGGGAUGAGGCGCUGGCGCCUCUCAGCGGAGACAGGUCGUGGUCCCGAACCAGCCUCGUGGCAGCGUCCGAGUGCACUAUCGUGAGCGAUGACAGCUUUGACGACUUGCCGAGCCCGAGCGCCGCGGCUGCGGCGGCGAGCAAGGAGCUCUUAGAUGUGGAUUUGGGCGGUCUCGCUAUCAGCGACGAGGAGAGCGAGGUCAUCGAGGCAGCCUGCGAAUCGGUAGCGGCGGCAGAGGACGAUGACCUGAGCAUCAGUACCAAGCUCAAGAAAAAGCGUGUCCGCCGGCGCCGACACGGCCGAAGCCACCAUGACAAGGACCAAGACCGCCGAACCUCCGAGCCCCGCCCUUCGAUGUCGUCGUCGUCUUCGUCCUUUCGCCUCCGCAGUCCUUUCCGGCCGAGAUCCAAGCCCUCGUUCGAGUCUGAGCCUCCUCCCCCUCCAACCCCCAUCCCCAAGUCCAUCAUCACGGCUCCCAUGCUGGCGUCCGACCCGCGGCCCGUCCUUCUACAGCCAACCGUAUACAAUCCCUCGGCCCUGUCCGCGCCUGACGAGGGCAUCUCGAGCGUGCAGCGCAACAUUGAACGGGAGGAGGCGCACCGGCGCCUGGCCGAGGACGCCGUCGCGCGCGUCCGCGCCCUGCAGCGAGCCAAGGAGGCGGUGCUGUCCAAGCUCAGCAGGGAGUUUUGCAGCAAGCGAAAUGGCGGCGGCGGCGUGUCGGCGUGUCGGCUCGUGGCUGGGGCGCAGGCUGGGGGCGGCGGCGGCGAUGGGCACGGCCGGGAGGUGCUGAUGGACGAUAGGGGGUCGCUGGAGAGCCGGAGUACGCUAGUGCCUCUGUUCUUCAGUCGAUCUUGA